GCAACGAGUAGGCCGUAAUUAACAUGGCCAAUUUCGCGUUUGGGGAUAAAUAUUAAAUCGUAAGUCUAUCUGACAUUGAUUGUUUGUCAUAUGAGGGUUGCCAUCCAUGUCUUGAUGCAACAGUCAGUUGUAUAUGAAUGAGCUGUGUGAGCAACGUUUCGCAUUUGUACCUUGCUUGCUGAUGGCUAAUCGGCUAACGGUAGCUAUGUAGCGCAUUCAAAUCACGUUUGAAUUAAAUUACCGAUGAAUUUGCGCUCAACGCGCGAUUUGCGCUUACGUUACGUGUUCCGAUCAUUUGGACUGUCCAAAAUGGAGAUCGGUGCCUUGUGGGUUUGCAUCUAAAUGUCACUGGGACAGCGAUCCAGGUAGAGACACAUCUGUAUGUGAUCACAUUGCAGACAGGCAGAUGUGCAAUCACAUUCAGUAUAUUUGAAUCACAUACGUUCCUAUAACGUUAAUUUUGCGUUAUCUGAUACUAAAUCGCCUGGUGUACGUGCUUGCAAAAAUUUGACGUUACGUUUUCAGACUUAGCUGUGAUGCUUAAGCAAAUCACAUUGCUAUUUGGGUGUGCGUGCGUGUAAACGCGCAGAAUAUGACGAAUAUGAUUUAGGACCCUUAUGCAUUAUUUAGACAUGUUAUUAAGUAGGUGCCUGUGCUCAUUGGCCUAUUGUAAAACUUAAAGUGCUGAUUCUGGGGCGGCGGGGUGAUACUCGUUGGACCCGAGGAGGUAUUUGUCAAAUAAACUAAUUUCUGUAAAUGAACGGUGGUAUGGCACCGCAUCGACACUCAUUUUAAUGGCGGGACAGCAGGCGGGACAGACUCAAGGAAAACGAGGCAAAGGUUCCCAGAUGAAGAGUCCAGAGAAAAAGAAGAGGAAAUCUAACGCUCAGGGGGCAGCGUUUUCCCACCUCUCUGAGUUCGCACCCCCUCCCACUCCGAUGGUGGAUCACCUGGUGGCCUCUAACCCUUUCGACGAUGACUUUGGUCCUCCGUCACGACCCACUGGUGGGGGAGGUCCAGGUGGUGCCCCAUUUAUGUCCAGCCCGGGGGCCGGUGGAGGAGGCUACGGCGGGCCUGGACGAAUGGCAGGAGGUAUGGGAUUCAUGGGCGGCCCCGGAGGACCUGGAGGUGGACAGCCUGGAAGAAGACCCCCUUUUGGUCCCCCGGCACCAAACGCUGGACCACACCCCCAUCUUGGCUUUGGCGGCAUGCCAGGCUUCGGAGGUGGUGGAGGCGGAGGAGGUGGUGGAGGAGGUUUUCCACCUGGUGGGCCAUCACAGUUUAACAUGCCACCCAAUUUUAGCCCUCCUAUGCACCCUGGGCAGGGCUUCAACCCAAUGUUGUCACCUGGAGCAAUGGGAGGUGGACCAGGAGGCGGAGGAGGUCCGCCUCAUCCUCGGUUCGGGAUGCCUCAGCAACAGCCUCCACAUGGACAGGGAGGUCAUCCAUUUAACAGCCCACCCUUACCUGGAGGCCCUGGACCUCGUGGGCCCCCUCAUGGCCCCAUGAACCCUAUGGGGGGUAUGGGAGGAGGAAUGAACAUGAUGGGAAUGGGUGGUGGAGGUGGCGGGGGUAAUAUGGUGGGCGGACACCCAGGUAUGCCACCACAAGGACAGUUUCCACCUCCACAAGAUGGCCCAUACCCUGUUUCGAGUCCACCUGUAGGUGAUGAUGGAAAGAACUUUGUUGGCGGUCCAGGUGGAGGUCCACCCGUCCCCUCCCAACAGCAACCACCUAACCUUAAUCCUUCUGGUCCACCAUCCAACAAUGCGACCCCUGGUCCAUCCCCAGCACCUGGACCCCAACAGCCUGGAGGCGGUUUCCAUCCAGAUGUACCACAACCUAACCCCAAUACGCCAGGGCAACCCCAGUCGGCUCCCCAGCCCCCCAAUCCCAACUCUUCCCCAACAGGCCCGCUUAACGGUCCACAGCCUCAACAAGCGCCAACUAAUCAGCAUCCUCCAAACUCCACCGGUGGUCCUGGUUCCAACACGCCAUCCAACCAACAGCAACCGACACCACCAAACUCCACCCCAGGGUCUGGACCCUACAACCAGCAGAACAAUGCAUCCGGAGGUCCAAACCAGCCACCUAACUCCAACCAGAACAACCUUAGCAACAGCAGUGGCGGCAACACCCCGGGUAGUAACCCCAAUCCUCCAUCCAACUCUAACUCCACACCCAACACCCAGUCCCCACUUCCCAGCGGGCCUGCGCCAACAUCUGGCGGCCCAGGCUCCGGUCCUCCAAAGCUGGGUGGAGGCAUGGUGUUUCCCUGUGGCCUCUGCAUGUCAGAAGUCCACGAUGACCAAGAGGCCAUCUUAUGUGAAGCUUCAUGCCAACGCUGGUUUCAUAGAGACUGCACGGGCCUGACUGAGCCAGCAUAUGGGCUGCUAACCAGGGAAAGUGCUGCUGUUUGGGCCUGUGAUUUUUGCCUCAAGACAAAAGAGAUUCAAGCGGUUUAUGUGCGUCAGGGAUUGGGGCAGCUUGUGGCUGCAAAUGACGGUUAAAGGACUUUGUGGUGGAAAAUGUGGGAUAUUUGAUUUAUUUCUUGGUGCUUCAUGUCUUGUGUUUCACAGUAAGAAAUGGAGAAAGUGUAAUUGAACUGAAUAAACUGAGAACUAGGAGAGCGAAACCAGAACUUCAGACUCUUAAUCUGAUGCUACAUCUUGCAUUGUUCUUCACAGACCUCAUAAGCACUUUUAGGGCCCCUGUUUUCGAACGAAACACACAUACAAUCAGUUGUAAAAACUUCUUUGUAUAUAAAAUACAUAAAAUUCAUAACUCCAUUGUUUUUUCAGUUCAAACUCUGCACUCAUAGGUCUUCAUUUCACCCUGGUGACAAAACAAUGGAGAAUUACGUUAGCAGUGCAAUGGGAAAUCUGAUAUUCGUAUUCAGUGGGUAUGUACAAGCAUUUGUCAUGUACCCAAGAUCAGCCACAAAAGAUCUGCCCAAAUGUAUUUUUCAAAAUCCAACUUAUUGAUCUGCAAAGCACUGAUGCCAACUUGCUACCUCAAAAAUUGGACAAAUGUCUGGCGAAGAACACUUUAGCAUUGACCGAUGUUAGCGCAAAUGUGUAAGGUCACCACACAACCUCUCCUCUCACUGAUCUCCGUUUUAGUACAUCCAAAGGAAACCAUCAGUUUAGGCAUCUCUGGCUCUGGGGGAGAAGAUAUAAAGACUUGAAGUUAAUGAACAUUUCACUGCGUCCACCAUGAAAUACAGGGGAGAUGUUUAACGGACGAUGAGACGGACAUUCUCUUGUCAAUAAAAUUCCCAAUUGUUUUUCUUCAUGUACAUCUACUCGCUGUUUAUUUUUUAAACAAAAGUGGACAAUGGAGGCUGGUGGCCUAGCGAAUAGUGGUAAUCCAUAACCAUAUCAGUGUAUGUAUGUAGUCUAUGGAUUGCAUGUGAACCAAUGCAGUACUUUGUCAGAUCUGUUUGAGUUUUUUGAUUAAGCUUCACCCUGGGCUAUGAAGUAGACCAAAUAACUGAACGAAGUCAAAUGUUGUCACAGAGUAAGAUGUUUGCAAUUUCUUUCUUUUUUUACAUUUCUGUCCAAGUUGCCUUUUCUUAUGUUACUUUUUAAUGUAUCUGUGUGUAUGCUGUUCAGUGCGCUUGCCCUCCAUUUUCUAGCAUUUUACAUUAAUAUAGGGGUAUGCUGAGUUCAGGCUCUGUACUGAAAAAAGUAAAGUGAAUUGUUUUUUACAA